UUUUCACAUUUUUGUAAAAUCCAAAUAACUGAAAAAUGUUUACUUUAAUUCAGACUGUAUUUUUGGUGUUUAAAAAAGGGGGGCCUCAGUGUGUCUAAAGUACACCGGUGGAAAUAUCUUUUACAGUAACUGGAGCGAACUGGAAUCGUAGCCCUAGCGGCCACGGAAGACAUUGCACUAAAAGAUUGACGAGAGCUCGUGGAGGUAAGGAGGAAGUAGUCACAUUGUAUGAACAAACAGCAGUUCAUCUACUGUCUGUGUCUACUGUCCGUGUAUACUGUCUACUGUCUACUGUCCGUGUCUACUGACCGUGCUAACUGGUUCAGGUGCAGCUCAUUAGGGCUGCAGUCACAGGAGAGUGCCCCACCUCCCGACACUACGACAGGCUCCUCUCUUCCCAUUCCAACAUCAGACCGCUGUGCAGCUAUGAGGGCGUUUGUAAGCCGGAGACAAGCCAGGCAGCUUCUGCACAACAAGUUUGUGGUGGUUCUUGGUGGAUCAGUGCAGCGCUCCAUGUACAAAGACCUGGUUCUGCUGCUUCAGAGGGAUCAGUACUUGACUCUUUCUCAGCUUAAGUCCAAAGGGGAGUUUUCCUUUGAGCAGGAUGUCCUGGUGGAGGGGGGCCGAUUAGGUCUCAUGACUAACGGCACCGAGUACAGAGAGGUCCGACAGUACUGCUCCAACCACCACCUGCUGCGUUUCUACUUCCUGACGCGGAUCUACUCACCGUACAUGGAGAGCAUCCUGGAAGACUUCAGGAAAGGACUUGAACCGGAUGUCAUUAUCGUCAGCUCCUGUGUCUGGGACAUCACCAGGUAUGGCCUGGGGGGUCUCCAACAGUACAAAGAGAACCUCCACAAGUUCUUUGGCCAGAUUAAAACUAUUGUUCGCCAUGACUGUCUCAUCCUGUGGAGUCUGGCCAUGCCGCUUGGCAAGAAGAUCAAGGGUGGAUUCUUGGUGCCUGAAGUGAGUCACUUGGGCCCCUCGCUGUGUUAUGACAUCAUUGAGGCCAACUUCUACAGCGGUCGGUUGGCAGAGGCCUACGGCUUGGACGUCCUCGACCUCCACUUCCACUUCCGCCUCAGCCUGCAGCACCGCAUGCCCGACGGCGUCCACUGGGACGCACUGGCCCAUCGACACAUCAGCAGCCUGCUGCUGCAGCACAUCGCUGACGCCUGGGGAGUUGACCUGCAGGACCCACCCUCCCCCCCAGGACAAGUACUUCAGGGUGGCAUAGAGGAGUUUGGACACCACAAUAUCAGACCCGAGUGGCCCCGUCCGAGGCCCCUGCUGAACUCAGUACCCCUCCAGAGACAUGGCCUGGUCCGAUACCAGCAGAGUCACUUCAGGUCAGAAAGAUUUCAGCUGGUUCCUCCAAAUUCAGACAGGGCAGUGAACAUCAGACCCCUGCUGCUGCCAACACAUUUCGCCAAUCAGCCUGCACAGCCUGCUGAUGACCACUAUGGAGCUGUAGAUUUACCCAUGCAGCACCCCCUCUACUGGCAGCAGAGUUCAGCCCCUGUUGGAGUAGGUCAAUGUCACCUACCGGUGCAGAGUCAUGCUCCUCUUGCUGCUCGAAACUGGACUGUCAGCAGACAGUAUUAUAAGCCUUUGCCACCAGCCAACCUUUGGCCGAGGCAGCACGUUCACCGUCCGAUCAGAGCCACCUGCUCGCUGAUGGACUCCAGGUUCGCUGCAG